CGACUCUUUGUCUGGCGAGAUCACGGGGCGCCUUUGGCGGCGGCUAAUAUUGCACGCCAAAUGCCUGCUGAGAACGCGCAGGAGGCGAACCAAACUAUAAAGGCAGCCGUACGUCCCAGUGAGUUGCCAGUUAGCUCUACCAAGCAGCACUGAGGCUUGCGCCACGAGUAAGGCCCUUAACCACCACACUCCCGAGCAGCUGCUUACCCAAAGCGCGCGAAAGUCGCAUAAACUCGAGCCUAUUGGGCCUCUGCUUCCCACCAUGGUGCGCAGGCGGCAUCGCUGCGCCGCCGCGGCCAUCGUCGCGGCAUCCCUGCGCCCCGCGGCGGCGCUGCUCGCGCCGCCGCGCCUCUUGCACCGCCGCAGCACAGCAAGGAACGUGCUCGCGGACCCGCCCGAAGAAGUAGAGACGGCCAUCGAAGCUCUACUGCAGGGCGCCGCCGUCACGACGACAGAUACGGCCUUUGAGUUCGUCGAGCAACCCCCCGAUGUGCAUGAGGGCGAGCUCGCGACCGCGGAGGCCACGGUAGAAGCUCUAUUGCAGGGUUCGACCUCCGACGAGACGAUCCAAGUGUAUGAAUCGAUGGAGGCGAUCGCGGAGGUGGACGAACGGAAAAGUACCGAGGCCGUCGAGGAGAUGCCGUUGCCGGAGUUGGAGAGGGAGAUCCUCGUCGAGGACGACGAUCUGUUGAGGGAGGUCGACCAGGACGACACGCUGUGGUCGCUGGUCGAAGAUCUGCCGGUCGUGGCGGACCCGAUCCUCGCGGCGGUCGCGCCGGACGUCGCCGUCGAAGCCGACGAGGACGCGAUAACACGGAGAAAAGUGAGGAUGCGCGCCCUACCUUUGUUCGUGGUCUGGCUCGCGGCGCCGACGCUAUCGUUGAUCGACACGGCGGUCGUCGGGCGCUUCGCGAAGGGCCCUGCUGCCGCCGCGGCGCUCGCGCCGGCCGUGUCCUUCUCCGAUUCUCUAGCCUAUCUGAUGACGUUUUUAGCUAUCAAGACGACGUCGAGGGUCGCUACUUAUGUGGCGAAUCACGACGGCCGAGGGGCUCGCUUAGCCGCACGAGAAGGCCUCUGGCUGUCGGCCAUUGUCGGUAGUCUGAUGGCCCUGUCCGGGGAACUCGGCGGCGCCGCCGGGACCCUGAGGAGCGUCUAUGUCACGGGACGGACCGCGGCGGUCCUAGCUCCGGCGACGACGUACUGUAGGAUACGGGGCGCAGCCAUGCCAUUGCAACUGAUGUGGCAGACGGCGCAGGCGGCGUCGAUCGCGCGCGGCGACGCGACGGCUCCGUUACGAGCCUGCGGCUGGGCGGCGUUGUUCAAUGUCGUCGGGGAUAUAGUGCUGGUGGCCGGUUUGGGCCUUGGCGUCGCCGGCGCAGCCUUAGCGACGGCCCUGUCGAUGCUCGUUGGGUGUGCAGCACAGCUACGUUCAUUGAACAAACUGGAAACAACCGAAAGGCUGCAGGAGGCUGUGUUUCAGAACGACCAGCUCGAUCCAGCUGGAUGUGACAGAGCGCUGGAAAAGGAAGCAAGGCCUUCCCUCGGGGCGCUCUGCCGGUUGUUCGGGGACGCCCUACCCAUCUUCGCGACGCUCUUCUCGAAAACGGUGGUAGGUGUGGUCUUGGUCGCGGCGGCCGCUGGGGCUUCUUUAGCCGAGUUGGCCUCCCAUCAAAUAGCCAACGGGUUGUUCUUAUUGUUUGCACCGUUCGCGGAUGCUUUGAGCGCCGCCUCGCAGUCCCUGGCGCCGCGCGCGCUGCGACGAGCGAAGCAGCGGCCGCGCGUCGUGCUCUCCACUGUGCUGAGAGAAACAGGCGUCGCCGCCACCGUCGCCUUCGGCCUGACCUGGGGCUUGGCCGCGUGCGGCGGGUCGCUGUUCUCGGCGAACCCCUUCGUGCACGCGACACUUGCAAAGCUGGGGCCGUGGAUCGGCGCCUCCCUCGGCGUUUAUGUCUUGAACACGGUCUUCGAGGGGACGCUGUUCGCGUUCGGCCACGCGCGGUGGAUUGGAGCGCUCAUGCCGUUCAACGCUCUGGCCGUGGCCGUGGCCCUGCUCUCGAAGAGCGUGCGCGGCACGCCGGAGACGUGCUUGAUCCGGUCGUGGAUCGUCUUCGUGGCCUACCAGGUCUGGCGCGUGCCGCAGCUUGCUUUAAUAGCGCGCAUGCCCAAGGACGUCCUCGCGUCGACGUCGGACGACUAGCGCGAAGAGCGCUCUUUCUUUUUCGCCCCGCUGUAGUGGUGUCUCCGAGAAAAUAAGUAUAUUGUACAUUUUA